CAGAACCCUAAACUCUCAGCUCCCGAAUCAUUUCGCCGCUUUCGCUUCAACUGCCCUAAAACCCUUCCAAAACCCUUUUCUCCUUCAACAGCCACAAAACCCUUACCAAACUCCUCCCACCCCGACUGUCUCUCUCUUCUAAAAAUGGAGUUUUGGGGUGUUGAAGUUAAAGGUGGAGAGCCUGCUAAGUGUGAUCCUGGAAUGGAUAAAUAUUUGCAUCUCUCACAGGUAUCGCUUGGCGAGGUGAAAAAGGGAAAUGAUCCAAUACUCAUCUACGUGAAUGUCAAUGGCCAGAAACUAGUCCUUGGAACACUUUCUCCUGAAAAGUGCACACACAUUUCACUUGAUUUGGUUUUUGAGAAAGAAUUUGAACUAUCUCACAACUGGAAGAAUGGGAUUGUCUACUUUUGUGGUUACAAAACCAUGAUGAUGGAACAAGAAGAAGAAUAUCCUUCCGAUGGUUUUCCUUCAAAAGUUUUUGUUCUUUUAAGGAUUUCUGUUUGCAAUUGUUGCAUGCGUGUGUGUAUAUUUUGUUUCCUUGACUCAGGAUUCCUCUUGAUCGUCACAUAUGAUUUCAUGGAUAGUGAAUCUGAUUCAGACCAGGAAUUGCCACUUAAGGCAAAGCAAAAUGGAAUGCCUGAGGUCAAGGACAAGCAGUCCAAGCCUUCUGCAGAUAAUUCGAAGGCAAAACUUGAAUCUCUAGUUUCCAAGCCAAAGGCUAAAAUAACUGAACCAAAUAAGGCUGAUAAACUUAAGGAUGAAGAUGAUGAAGAUGACGAUGACGAUGAGGAUGAAGAUGACGAUGAAUCUGAAGAAGAUGAAUCAGAUGAUGAUGAGGACAUGGUUGAAGCUGGGGACGAUAGUGACGAUGAGGAUGGUGUAGAAAGCUCAGAGGAAGAUGAGGCUACACCAAAGAAGGUUGAAACUGGUAAGAAGAGAGUUGCUGAAGCUGAGAGUAAGACUCCAGGAAAGAAGGCCAAGUUGGCUACGCCAACUAAUCAAAAGACAGCAGGUGCUGAUGGCAAAAAGGGUGGUCAAACAGCAACUCCUCGUCCUUCAAAACAGGCCGGAAAGACCCCUGCAAGCAGUGACAAGGCAAAGCCACAGACCCCAAAAUCUGGAGGCUCAGUCUCUUGCAAGUCCUGUAGCAAAACUUUCAAUUCAGAGAAUGCUCUGCAAGCCCAUACAAAGGCUAAGCACAGCGCCGGCAAGUGAGAGGAUGAUGGUGAAUUUUUGUAACAGCACUCUUCCUCUUAGGAAGAAAACGGUAUGAAUUCAUUUAGUGCUCCUAUAUGAGAAAUAGGUAGCUAAUUUUUGUGGGUGAGGUGCUUAUAGCUACUUGUGGUGGUAUUUUGGUUAUGGAGUCUGUGGCCUUUUGUUAUCUACAUCUCUGGGAAGACAAUUGAUGUAUUGUUUGCGGGGGCUUCACUUGCUGGUAGCAUAGUUUAUUAUAUUCGCAUUUCUGUUGAAA